UUUAGCCUUUCCCUACUUUGUUUCAUCUGGCUUCGUUCCUGAGUGUAGUUUUGCACGAGUUCUUCUUCGUCGCUGUUCGACUUCGCUCCUUAGACGUCCCUUCCUGUUGGAUCGGAAGUUACGACGUUGUUUGAGCGGAAUUAGGAAGCAACAACGGGAGCUCGCUUGCUGUGAAGGCAACUUUCUCCCUUUCGCGCGCUUCUUCGGCCAGAUCCCGUAAAUCCGACGAACCAAAGGAUUUCGUAAAUCCGGGAUUUACCACGAAAAGAGGGAAUUUCCGUCUACCGCGGCUUUCAUUUACCGUGAGAUUUGGUCUUGCAUUUUAGGCCGUUUCGCUGGAUUUCGCUCAAAUCCGCCUCAAAUCCGGUCUAAAUCCUGCUACCAAACAGCCCCUAAAGAUAUCCAGUCUCAUCCGUGCUGCUGAGAUUUUCUUAUCAUUUUCUAAUUAUGCUCGGUUUUUAUUGCUUUGAGGCUAGUGCAAGAAUCUUGUCGACUUUGCGGAGGCGUGCGCAUUGAAGAUUUGAAACUCCGUUGUCGGGAUGCAAGAACCUGGGGCAUUAUAGAAGUACAUUCACAUUGCUCGGCACAUUGGCAGAUUUUUACAAAUAUUCUUGAGUUGUUACUGUUCUGUUUACUAUGGCGUCAUCACAAUCCAAUUCAUCUCCUUCACGUCCAGUUUCAAAUGACAGUCAGCAUUCUGACAGACGAGAAUCACCGUCGCUUUUGUCCUCCUCUGGAAUCACCUCCUGGGCCAAAAACUUGAAGAUACCACAGGCUGCGGUCCAAGAAGACCCUCAAACAGGAAAUGCAGGAAAGUCAACAUUUGCUCGUUUUACGAGUGGAUUGGGACUACGUUUAUCUCCCAAAUCAACUCAGAAAGAUGAUAAUGCUGAGGGUUCCCCAACGCCUACUCAACAAGGUGUUUUUGGCUCUUUGACUAAAGGAUUUGUUGACUCGUCAAAAAAUGCGGUCAAGGCUGUACAAGUGAAGGCUCGUCACAUUGUCUCUCAAAACAAAAGGAGAUAUCAGGAAGGUGGAUUUGAUUUGGAUUUGACUUAUAUCACAGAAAAUAUAAUUGCUAUGGGUUUCCCUGCGGGUGAUAUGAGUUCAGGGUUUUUUGGCUAUGUUGAGGGAUUUUAUCGUAACCAUAUGGAGGAAGUGAUACGAUUUUUUGAAACUCACCACAAGGGAAAGUACAAGGUAUACAAUCUUUGUUCAGAGAGGCUCUAUGAUGCAUCACUACUUGAGGGCAAGGUUGCUUGUUUCCCAUUUGAUGAUCAUAAUUGCCCGCCAAUUGAGCUUGUGACAUUGUUUUGUCAAAGUGCCUAUAAUUGGUUGAAGGAAGACAUUGAAAAUGUUGUUGUUGUACACUGCAAAGCUGGUAUGGCAAGAACGGGUUUGAUGAUAUCUAGCCUUCUUUUAUAUCUAAAGUUCUUUCCAACUGCUGAGGAAUCAAUCGAGUAUUACAACCAGAAAAGAUGCAUAGAUGGGAAGGGUCUUGUUCUCCCAAGUCAGAUUAGAUAUGUCAAGUAUUUUGAGCGCACAUUAACAUAUUUUAAUGGAGAAAAUCAACCAGGCCGCAGGUGCAUGCUAAGGGGUUUUCGGUUACAUAGAUGCCCUUAUUGGAUAAGACCUUCAAUUACUAUCUCUAAUCAUAAUGGUAUUCUCUUUUCUACCAAAAAGCAUCCCAGGACUAAAGACUUGCUGCCUGAGGAUUUCUGGUUUAGUGCACCAAAGAAAGGAAUUAUGGUAUUUGCUUUACCUGGUGAAUCUGGUCUUACGGAAGUGGCUGGGGAUUUCAAAAUCAAUUUCCAUGAUCGACAAGGAGAUUUCUAUUGGAUGUAUUUUCCGAUAGUGAGGCUGAAGAGGGAGGUUCUACGAAGAGCAAACGGUCUCCGGCCACCAAUGUAUCUGCAGCAGCCCAUGUUAUCGCCACUAAAGGAUCUGCAACAGAACCAUCUUCGAAAAGUGAAUUAUACAAUAUAACCCAUGGAAUCGAACAAGUCUCCCUCAAAGCUAAGGAAGCUUCAAUGCCAGCUCCAGAGGCAAGAACAGAGGAGAAUAAGAACUCGCCAUUUCGAGCCCCCGAGUUGGAAUCUACUAGCACAAGCGAGUUCAAGGCCAUCGCCGCAGAUGCCUCCGUCUUCUCUUUUGGUGAUGAGGACUAUGAAAGCGAGUAGCCAAAUAUUCAAAGUUGUAGAUAAGAUUGUUAGGAUGAGAGCAGAUGAUGUUUGCGACAAUUGUUCGUUCAUGCAUUUAUGUGUGAAUUACCUUUGUAUCUUAUUCAUGAUCUUCAUUCGUAUGGCCUUUGGUUGCUGCAAUCACCCAAAGCUUCAUAUUGCGCAAUAUUACUAUCAUCUUUUUGAUUUUGUGAUCUCACCACUUGGUGUGUAUCGUCUGUUCAAAUAGAUAAAAUGCCAUGUGAAAAAUUCACUUCUUGACUGUGUUAUCUUACAAAUGUGUAAAUGAAGUAUACUGUAACUGAUGGAUUUACUGUAUUUCAAAAUAAAAGCCUUUGUUGGUGUUGUGCACUUGUUAUAA